AUGGCUCCCAUCCCAAAAUUCCCAGAAGAAGUUGAAUCUCUCAUAUCCGCUAUCGAGAGAAGAUACAAGCACAUCGUAGAUGUAGAGGUUCCCAACCUGCGACAAUGUGUAGGACCUGCAUCCGUGCAACAGUCCCUAGCAGAAGACGUGCGAGAGGAUACCGUGGCAUUAACGCGACAGAUUGAGUCGCUUGCACUCAUGGUUGAUGAUCAGAAGGGAGCAAAGACGCGGAAAGAGCUAAAGGAAAUCGCGGAUGAUUUUCAAAAGAAACUCGAGAGUUUACGCAGUGAAAGUCGCGCGGCCCUUCUUGCGUCAAAGAAAGCCAUGGACCAGCGUUCGAAAUCGAAUCGAGAAGAAUUAUUGUCGUUCUCGUCGGCAAUGACAGAGAAACAAAAUUCGAGCGAGAAGACAACCGAGGACGCGCUCAUGAAAGCCAACUCUGACGUGACCGAUGCACUUCGUCGUACCAUCGCCCUCAUGCAAACCGAACUCGAGCGCUCAGUGCUAACCACUCAAAUGCUCGAUGAAUCUACCCGUACCCUCAACUCAACUUCAACGCAGCACGAUACUCUCAAUAAUCUUAUGUACACAUCUCGCCAACUGGUCACAGCGCUCGAAAAAUCCGACUGGCUCGACCGUAUCCUCAUCCUAUCUGGACUCGCAUUCUUUGUCCUGGUCGUCCUGUUCAUCUUGAAACAAAGAAUCGUGGAUCGUGGAAUCAGAAUCGCGUUCUGGUGGACAAGAUUUAUCCCCAGUUUUGGAGACGAUGCAGAGCUCCUUCGUGCCGCAGAAAAAGGCGCUGCGAGCGUGGUGGUAGAGGCGUCAUCAAGCAUUUCCAGUGUUGCAGCCUCUCUGGCGUCAUCAGUGAUUCCUGUAGCAAGUUCGAUAUUGGCAUCUAUGCCCAGUGUCGUCCCGGUGUCACCUGUUCUUUCUGAAUCAUCGAGUUCCUCGGUCUCCUUGAUUUCUCAGGCAGAGCCUACACCUGCAGAGACACCUGUGGUGGAUGAGGCUGAAGUGCCCACGAUCGAUGUGGAGGCUACUGUCCCGAGUCCUGAGCCAGAAGCGGUACCCGAUGCUGCUGUUCAUAUAGAACUAUGA